AUAUGCAUUUUGAUUUUAGGAGGGAGGGUUUGCGUUUCACCCGGGACAGACUGGAUGAGAACUUCUCUGUCUUUGAGAAUAAUAAUUUCAUUAUUAUGGAACCACUGCGAAAUUAUUAUUGAGCGAAUCCGGAAAUAAACCGGAAACGGCAAAAGUAAUCCUUAUUUCCUCAUUAAUAUCUCACCCGAGUGGCUGACACUCAAAACAAAAGACAUGAGCUGGGAGGGCGCUCAUGGAACAAGCUAAUUUUUGUGUUGUUUUGUAUUUGUAAAAAAGACAACAACAACAAAAAAAAAGACAGAAAUUACCCCACAAAAGGAGACAGUAAAGACAUGGCUUGCUGCACCAGCCGUGAUACGUUUGUGAAUCCAGUGCUCAAAUACUUCUUGUUUUUUUUCAACUUCACGUUUUGGCUUGGAGGUCUACUUCUCUUGGCUAUUGGAGUGUGGGCUCACUUGGAAAGGGACAGGUUUUCAUUUGAUGACUUCAGAUCUGUCUUUGACUUCAUCACUGAUGUAUCCAUAUUCUCCAUCGUCACGGGAUGCCUUAUGUUUUUACUCGGAUUCUGUGGAUGCCUCGGUGCUCUCCGAGAAAAUACCUGCCUUAUAAAACUAUACUACUUCACCCUCUGCGUUAUAUUUUUGGGGCAAGUAGGGGGUGCCGUUUACGUCUUUUUGAAAUCAAAUGAAUUCAAAGAUAUGUUCGUAAAGACGUUGAAAGAGGAGCUGGUUCCAUUGUAUACUGAGCGGGCAGACAAGAAGACUCUUGUGGAUUGGUUCCAGGAGCAGCUGGGUUGUUGCGGCAUGUCCAAUGAUGGCUACAAAGACUGGAACAACAAUGAGUACUUCAACUGCACGCCGGUCAACAAGAGCCCACUGGCCUGCGCCGUCCCGCACUCCUGCUGUAUACAGCAAGACACAGUCAAUGAUGGUGUUCCCAACAUUUUAUGUGGUACCGAUGCUCUUGAUCCGAAGGUCCAAGGGUCCACAGAUAACAUCUACGUCAUAGGUUGUGUGUCGGCUGUGCUACGAGUCGUGGAGAGUAACUUCCCCGUGGUGGGAGGUGUCAUCAUUUGUAUCGCUUUACCACAGAUUUUGGGCAUUGUCGUAGCUCGCACUUUGGACGGCCAAAUUUCGGACCAGCUCGCCAGAUGGCGGAGAUACAACCAAAGGUGAAAGGUCAAAGAAGAGAGUAGAUCACUUCAGCAAGCUCAUACUUCUGACGCAUUUCUUCACCACCGCUAAGACAUUUUAUGUCCUAGUGGAGAACACAUCACAUGUAUAUAUAUAUAUAUAUAUAUCUGAAACUCAUUUGGGUCGUUCCGGGAAAAAUGAAUCUUCUGCAGAAACUCGUGUAAUACGUGAGUGAUGACUUGUUGAAAAAAAAUUCUAAGCAGUCAUUAAAAAUUAUUUUUUUUACAGAAAUUUAAAAAGUAAAGUGAUACAGCUAUUCUUUAUAUAAUUUAUUUUAUUUUUUUACACGCGGGUGGGGUUUAUUUGAAGUAACGUUCCUUUAACAUUUAAAGAAAAGAUACAGUAUGGAUGCUUCGGUUUUUUUUCGGCAGGUCAUCCUCCCAGAGUUAUGUGUGUCAGUAGUUUCAUUCUUCGUGUACAUGGUGGCCCUUACCUUAUGCUUGUGGGGAAUUUUGGAUCUGAUUGUAAAUGGAAUGCUUGACUUGUGUGUGCGCUUGAUGUCUUUUAUCUUCUAAUCAAAAGCGAGGUAGAAGGUUACAUACGCUUGUUUACUUCGCUCUGGCAUAUUGUGGACUCUGGUAGAGGAGUUUGUUGAUUGUUGGUCUGUAUGUUGAUGGAAAAA